CAUAUUCCCAAACGAUUCGGGACGAAGAGAGUCCCUUCUUCUUCUUCCACUCGCUUCUCUGUUUCGUCUUCUUCUUCACCUCUUCCCUCUGCAACUGAGCUCACGAACAUCUAUCUGCUUGUGCUUGGUCUGGGAGGUGGUGUUUUCUUUCCUGGGGUAAAAGGAAAUCCGGGGAACCAUGCAAAAGGAGAAUGCUGCCGAUGCCCAAUCGGCACCAACUACUCGCCUUCGGCAUCGGAAGCGACAGACUGAUGUUAAUCCAGGGACAGGCAAACCAAAUGGAAGCCAUCUGCUUGUCAAUGAUCGUAACAAAUACAAGUCAUUUCUCAUUCGGGCAUAUUCCACUGUUUGGAUGAUUGGUGGUUUCUCUGUCAUUGUCUACAUGGGCCAUCUCUAUAUUACAGCCAUGGUGGUUGUUAUCCAAAUAUUCAUGGCACGUGAACUUUUCAAUUUGCUAAGGAAGACACAUGAAGAUAGACAACUCCCUGGGUUUAGAAUACUGAAUUGGCACUUCUUUUUCACAGCAAUGCUUUUUGUAUAUGGUCGAAUACUUAGUCAGCGGCUAGCCAACACUGUUACUCCGGACAAAGUCCUAUAUCGGUUGGUCAGCGGCCUCAUCAAGUACCACAUGGCAAUCUGUUACUCCUUGUACAUCUCUGGCUUUGUGUGGUUUAUUCUGACCCUGAAAAAGAAGAUGUACAAAUAUCAAUUUGGCCAGUAUGCAUGGACGCAUAUGAUCUUAAUCGUAGUAUUUACUCAGUCCUCGUUCACCGUUGCAAAUAUCUUUGAGGGAAUCUUCUGGUUUCUUCUUCCUGCAUCACUUAUUGUUAUUGAUGACAUCUUUGCAUAUAUUUUCGGUUUCUUCUUUGGGAGAACACCUCUGAUCAAGUUAUCGCCAAAGAAGACAUGGGAGGGAUUCAUCGGGGCAUCUGUUACCACAAUGAUAUCUGCAUUCCUACUUGCAAAUAUAAUGGGUCGUUUCCAGUGGCUGACAUGUCCAAGAGAGGAUCUAUCGACUGGUUGGCUCCAUUGUGAUCCUGGUCCAUUGUUCAAGCCCGAGACUUAUGCUUUACCUGGAUGGAUUUUGAAAUGGGUUGUUCCCUUGCAGUUUCCAUGGGAAGAGAUUUCUGUUCUACCAGUUCAGUGGCAUUCUUUAUGUCUUGGCUUGUUCGCCUCGAUUAUAGCACCUUUUGGUGGCUUCUUUGCCAGUGGUUUCAAAAGAGCUUUCAAGAUCAAGGAUUUUGGUGAUAGUAUUCCUGGACACGGUGGAAUCACAGAUAGAAUGGAUUGCCAGAUGGUGAUGGCUGUUUUUGCAUAUAUCUACCAUCAGUCGUUCGUUGUAUCCCAAAGCUUAUCGGUGGAAAAGAUCCUAGAGCAGGUUAUCACAAGCCUGACACUGGAGGAACAACAAGCUCUGUUCAUGAAACUUGGACAAAUGUUGCAGGAAAGGUUGUGACAUCUUCAUGGGAAACUUUGGAUCCGACAUUGUACCAUGCCAUGUAUUCUCUCUCUCCCUCUCCGUUCAUGUUGCAAAUCAGAUGAACUGAUCAUCGGAAACCAGAUAAUGUAAGAUGAGUGAUUAGCGGUUUGGGUUUCAGAAGAAUAAUUUUAGUUGGAGUUUAUGCAUCGUGCAUUUUACAUUUGUAUAGUGUUUUCUUGUUUCAGGCCAUAAAUCUAUGUUCCAGAUCCAUUUUAUCCUGCUUUGCUACGUUACUACCU